UCAAGCUUCUUAACCAACUGUAAACUUCUCCUAAAACACAUUCAUUGUACAUAGGCCCAACAUUUCUUUCACAUUCUUCAACCUAAGUUCAACGUCCACAUUAUUUUAUCACUUAUGCACAUCAUAAAUGCAAUUUCGCAUUAUUUAUAGAAUUUGCCAAUGGUCUGGUACAUUUCAUGCAAAUGAUUAUGUAGCCUACAAUUGCCUGCUGUUUCUUGUUAUCAAUUUAUUAUGUCACAUUGAUCAAAAUGUAUUACGUUGGCUCUAUGUUAAAUGGCCUUACCCCCACAAACAUCUAGACAUUUAGUUCCCUGUAUAGUCAUUACAUGCACAAUGGUUGAGCCAGUUGUCAUAAUUGACAACCGAUUGACAAUAAGACAACCAAUUGACAAUAAGACACAAUGGCUGAAAGAGACAAAUUACAUUAUUAAGUCAUUUCAUGCACAAUGGUUAAGCCAGCUGUCAUAAUUGUGAGCCUAAUUCACCAUACAGUGCAUACAGUUCUGUCUAAGGGGUGUUUACAAUGUUUACAUGAACAUUUGUAUGUUUUCCUAUGUGCUAUGCAGUGCUGUAAAAUAGUCUUGUAUUUUCUGCAUCGCAUUGACAUUUGACACCUACAACCAACCGAGGAGGCUAAAUUAGUAAGAACAUUAUUUUUGUUUUAUGCCCGUAUGCAUGAAUAAAAACAGCUGGGUGUGUCCUGGAACAACACUGCAGACACUCUGGGCUCACUGUCCAUAAACUGGCUUUCUGUGAGCAUCAACGGGUAGGUGUUAGGUCCCCCAGUUUAUUGAGGGUUUGGGACGAUACAAAAAGCCAUUAGUGUUCAGUUUGCACUCUCUUUCUGUUUUGGUGGGUUGAACGUGUGUCAGGACAGUCCUGUUUUGUGUCACUAACUCUGUUCUCUUUUACCUCCCGUAAUUGCUGUUGCUGUUAGACGCAUUAGGCGAGAUCUGGGCGGACCACCCUUUGUCUUUUGGCCAGGGCCUUGAUCGUGUGCCGGCUUAGUGUGGGUAGGCGGUCAGGAGCGUCUUCUUUUGUGUUGUUUGAUUUGGUUACGUCCAGCAUUGACUGGGUAAAUAAAACCCUUUGAUUUCACUGUACACUUUGCCUCUGUGUCCGUACUUGCACCCACGACUCUAUGCCAUUGUCACUGUCCACUGGUUGUCGCUGAGCAGCGGGGAUGUCAGUCCCCACCCUCCGGGGUGGCGUACGUAACAGUAGGCUCCAAUUCCCUUAAAGAUGCUCGCUCACAGUUGUAUUCCAGCUUAAUCAAUAAAAACCCUGGCAACUCUAAACUGCUUUUUUCCACCAUAAACCGUCUCCUGAAGCCACAACCAUCCUCUUCAACUGAGGCUACAGAGGAGCAAUGCCAUAGCUUCAUUGACUUUUUCAGAUCCAACGUCAACAGCAUUUGCUCUGUGAUGUCCAGCUCUCCAUCUCUGUUACCCUCUGACACCAACACCUUAUCUACGAGUGUGCUGUCUCCCCUACAUCUCGCUAAGGUUCAGGAGAGCCAUGUUGAGGAAAUAGUCAGAAAAAUGAAAUCCUGUACCUGUACUCUGGACCCCAUCCCCACUGCUCUGCUCAAGUCACACAUCCCCACUCGCAGUCCUUUCAUCACCAAAGUUGUUAACCUUUCCCUUCAGUCUGGCUGUGUCCCACCAGCUCUCAAGGUUGCUGUCAUCCGUCCCCUUCUCAAGAAGCCCACCCUGGACGCGGAGGUUCUAGCAAACUACAGGCUUAUCUCCAUCCUUGCUUUCCUGUCCAAAGUGCUAGAGAAGGUAAUUGCUUCUCAACUUAAGGACAACCUCAAACACAACAUCUUGUAUGAACAAUUUCAGUCAGGAUUUUGUUCAGCCCACAGCACUGAAACAGCUGUGCUCAGGGUGACAAAUGACCUGCUGAUGACAGCUGAUGCAGGAUCACCCUCGCUCCUCAUCCUCCUGGACCUGACUGCUGCAUUUGACUCAGUGGAUCACUACACUAUCCUCCUAGAACGCCUCCACACCACCAUUGGACUAUCAGGCUCUGCACUCAAGUGGUUUCAGUCCUACCUUUCUGGCAGAACCGCCUGUCUUGGGGAGAUAAAGGCAUGGAUGAGAAACAACUUUCUCCAGUUAAACAGUAACAAAACCGAAGCCCUUCUUGUUGGCACUCUACAGCAGGUUCAGUCACCUUUCAUAACUCAUCUCACCUUCGACAGUCAGGUCAUACCCCUGUCCUCCAGUCACUAAUCGGUUUGUGGUUUAGGUUUGACCCUCAACUGACCUUUAAUGACCAUAUAAAACACCUGUGCAAAACCUCAUUUUAUCAUCUCAAAAACAUCUCCAACCUCUGCCCAACUUUAACCCUGUCAGAUGCAGAGAAGCUCGUCCAUGCCUUUAUCUCCUCAAGACUGGACUACUGUAAUUCACUCUUCACUGGGAUCACUGGCAAGAACAUCCAGAAGCUGCAGUACAUACAAAACAUUGCUGCCAGGAUCGUGGUGAGAGACCAGAAAUAUGAGCACAUAACACCCAUUGUACACUCACUACACUGACUCCCUGUCUCAUUCCGUAUUGACUACAAAGUCCUAUUACUCACCCAUAAAUGCAUAAAUGGACAUGCACCUCCCUACCUACAAGAACUCAUUACUCCCCAAUUAAGUGGUGGGCCGAGCCCACGUUUCUGCUUUAGUUUUUUUAAUGACCUGUCCCCGUCGAUGGAGGAGCUGGAUUUUUGAUAUUAUAAAUGUCGUUUUUUUCUAAAAAUUUGUUUAAAAAAAAAAGUUUGUUAGCACAUCCAAUUCUUGGAUUUUUUUUCUGUAGCUUAGUUCAAAGUUAGCAAUUUAUCAGACAAUCGUCUCAACUACCUAACGGGCGCGUUCACAC